ACCCAGCAGGACGCGAGGCGGCUCUUCGGGCCGGAUCACAAAUUCGUCGUGACUCAGUCUCUGCUCGGCGCGGAGGCAGCGGGAACAGACAGCCAAGAUGGAGUACGAGUGGAAGCCUGACGAGCAGGGGCUCCAGCAGAUCCUGCAGCUGCUCAAGGAGUCCCAGUCCCCGGACACCACCACGCAGAGAGCCGUGCAACAAAAACUAGAACAACUUAAUCAGUAUCCAGAUUUCAACAACUACCUGAUUUUUGUUCUUACAAAGUUGAAGUCUGAAGAUGAGCCAACACGUUCUUUGAGUGGUCUUAUCUUGAAGAAUAAUGUAAAAGCGCAUUUUCACAACUUUCCAAAUGGGGUAACUGACUUCAUUAAAAGUGAAUGUCUGAACAACAUUGGUGAUUCCUCCCCCUUAAUUAGAGCUACUGUAGGCAUUCUGAUAACAACCAUUGCCUCAAAAGGAGAGUUACAGAAUUGGCCUGAACUCUUGCCAAAGCUUUGCAGCCUGUUGGAUUCUGAAGAUUACAAUACCUGUGAGGGCGCUUUUGGUGCUCUUCAGAAGAUAUGUGAAGAUUCUGCUGAAAUUUUGGAUAGUGAUGUGUUGGACCGGCCACUCAAUAUCAUGAUACCUAAAUUCUUGCAGUUCUUCAAGCACAGCAGUCCAAAAAUACGGUCUCAUGCAGUGGCAUGUGUCAAUCAAUUUAUCAUCAGCAGAACUCAAGCUCUUAUGUUGCACAUAGAUUCUUUUAUUGAGAAUCUUUUUGCACUGGCUGGUGAUGAGGAGCCUGAGGUACGCAAAAAUGUUUGCCGUGCUCUGGUAAUGUUGCUGGAAGUUCGGAUGGAUCGCCUGCUUCCUCAUAUGAUUAGUAUAGUUGAGUAUAUGCUUCAAAGGACCCAGGACCAAGAUGAAAAUGUGGCUUUGGAGGCAUGUGAAUUUUGGCUGACUUUGGCUGAACAGCCGAUUUGUAAAGAAGUAUUAUGUCGGCAUCUUACUAAGCUGAUACCUGUGCUGGUAAAUGGUAUGAAAUAUUCAGAGAUUGAUAUAAUUCUGUUGAAGGGGGAUGUUGAAGAAGAUGAAGCUAUUCCAGAUAGCGAGCAGGAUAUAAGGCCUCGUUUUCAUCGUUCGAAGACGGUGGCUCAGCAACAUGAAGAAGAUGGUAUUGAAGAUGAUGACGAUGAUGAUGAUGAACUUGAUGAUGAUGAUACUAUUUCUGACUGGAAUUUAAGGAAAUGUUCUGCUGCUGCUCUAGAUGUCCUAGCUAAUGUAUUUCGUGAUGAACUUCUGCCACACAUCUUGCCACUGUUGAAGGAAUUGCUUUUCCACCCCGAGUGGGUAGUUAAAGAAUCUGGUAUCCUUGUUCUUGGUGCAAUUGCUGAAGGCUGCAUGCAGGGUAUGAUUCCAUAUCUUCCAGAGCUAAUCCCUCACCUUAUUCAGUGCCUCUCUGACAAAAAGGCUCUUGUGCGCUCCAUUACAUGCUGGACUCUUAGUCGCUAUGCACACUGGGUAGUUAGUCAACCCCCAGACACAUACUUGAAGCCAUUAAUGACUGAGUUGCUAAAGCGUAUCCUGGAUAGCAACAAGAGAGUACAAGAAGCUGCCUGCAGUGCCUUUGCUACUCUAGAAGAGGAGGCUUGUACAGAACUUGUUCCUUAUCUUGCAUAUAUACUUGACACUUUGGUCUUCGCAUUUAGUAAAUACCAGCAUAAAAACCUGCUCAUUCUUUAUGAUGCUAUAGGAACCCUAGCAGAUUCUGUAGGACAUCAUCUAAAUAAACCAGAAUAUAUUCAGAUGCUAAUGCCUCCAUUAAUCCAGAAGUGGAACAUGCUGAAGGAUGAAGAUAAAGAUCUUUUCCCUUUGUUAGAGUGCCUGUCGUCAGUUGCUACUGCCUUGCAAUCUGGCUUUCUUCCAUACUGUGAACCUGUGUACCAGCGUUGUGUGAAUCUGGUGCAGAAGACACUUGCACAAGCCAUGUUGCAUAAUGCUCAGCCAGACCAAUAUGAGGCUCCAGAUAAAGAUUUCAUGAUUGUGGCUCUUGAUUUACUCAGUGGUUUAGCUGAAGGACUUGGAGGCAACAUUGAACAGCUAGUAGCUCGCAGCAAUAUCCUGACACUAAUGUAUCAGUGCAUGCAGGACAAAAUGCCUGAGGUACGGCAGAGUUCUUUUGCAUUGUUAGGUGAUCUGACAAAGGCAUGUUUUCAGCAUGUUAAACCUUGCAUCGCUGAUUUCAUGCCAAUUUUGGGAACCAACCUAAACCCUGAAUUCAUUUCUGUGUGUAACAAUGCCACCUGGGCAAUUGGAGAAAUCUCUAUCCAGAUGGGUAUAGAAAUGCAGCCUUAUAUUCCAAUGGUCUUGCACCAGCUUGUAGAAAUAAUUAACAGACCCAACACACCAAAGACGUUGUUAGAGAACACAGCAAUAACAAUUGGUCGUCUUGGUUACGUUUGUCCUCAAGAGGUGGCCCCCAUGCUACAGCAGUUUAUAAGACCCUGGUGCACCUCUCUGCGAAACAUAAGAGACAAUGAGGAAAAGGAUUCAGCGUUCCGUGGGAUAUGUACCAUGAUUACGGUCAACCCCAGUGGAGUAGUCCAAGACUUUAUUUUUUUUUGUGAUGCUGUUGCAUCAUGGAUUAGCCCAAAAGAUGAUCUACGAGACAUGUUCUGUAAGAUUCUUCAUGGAUUUAAAAAUCAAGUUGGGGAUGAGAAUUGGAGGCGUUUCUCUGACCAGUUUCCUCUUCCCUUAAAAGAGCGCCUUGCAGCUUACUAUGGAGUUUAACCUCAUGCACUGGAGCUGCAGUCCCAUAAUUAGAGGUCCUUCAGUCUGGGAGACUAUGAGGGAGCCUCUGCACCCAGGGAAAAUGUUACCCUUUACUGGGGGGAAGGGUAAACCAGUAGGGAAUACAGUACAAUCCCAACCCUACUGGGAGGGGCGGGAGGGAGGUGUUGCCGUCACUGUAUUAAGUCGAUGUUGGGAAAUGUUUUAACAUCUGGAGCCUUUGUGGGUGGAAAUCUGUCUCCUAUUACACCUCUGCACUGGAUGUGAAGAAGAAAAAAAAAAGAAUCUAGUCACAAAACAGCACAUUCUGGAACAUUGUGGGGAUUUAUACUAAAAUAAGAAACCAUAUAAUUGAACCAUAGGGAUACGUAAAGAGGAAAAAUAUUUUGCGCACAAUAAAGGAAACCUAAGAAUGGGGGUCACAAACAGUAAAAGGCUUUCUUUUUUGUUUUCUGUUUUUUUAAGUAAGGGUUUUCUACAUUAUUUCAUCCUGCUUGGUGGGAUUCCUAGGUAUUUGCAUGUUAAUGAAGAACUACACAAACGAAGUUAGUACAGUUAAAACUCAGUUUGUGUCUGUAUUAGGAACAGUCACUUGCAGUGUACAGUAUAGAAACCCCAUCAUAAAAUAAUGAAGGUUAACUUGGACAAAGUGAAGCAACCUUCAAGCUGCCAAAUAAGUCACUCCUUUUAUUUUUGGGGUAAAGGAAAGGGACACUGCAAAGGAAAGAUUGACAUCUUAAUUUUUACAUUAAGAAAAACAACCAAGGUAGUGGAUAUGAUUUUAUUAUUGUACUUUGUUAGUUUUGAUUUCUAGAGUAAGGCAUUAUUCUUAACUUGCAGUUUAAGGUUCAGGCAUGCGUUCUGGCUCAUAGUGAUCAGAAGUAAUUUUAAUUAGUGGGAAAGUAGCAUGCUUGCAUCACAUAGAGUGAAAUUGGUAUACUUUUACCUAUGUUGCGCCAGUUUUGUGUUGCAGUUUACCAAUUCAAUAUAGCCCUGCAUUUAAAAUUCCUUUUUAAGAUUCAGUGGAAUUUAUUUUUAUUAAGAAUAUAGAUAUAAAGUACUGUAGUUAACAAUUAGGCCUUGAAAUACCUUUUUAGGAUCUGUUAAGAAUAAGAUUGAUAUUGUAUUGUGUGUAACCUGCACAAUGUGGAAAGCUGAUAUAGCUGUGCAAAAUAUUUGCCUCUGUGCUGUCAGUGUGAUGUGCUUUCUGCAUGGUUAUAUACUAGUGAUUUUAUCCGAAUCUCUAAAAUGAGUUACAUGGUAAGACCCGUUAAAGGCUGCAUAAAUGUUAGUUGGCACGUAAAGACAAUUGUAGAAGUUGAUGACAAGAUUGCUAUAUUUGUGUUUAUUCCCACUCAACGUAUUACCUUCUACGCUUUCUUUUUGUUCAAAGCAUGAUCUUAAAGAGAUGUUUAAGUUAAUGGAUGUAAUGCAGGGUAUCUACACUGUAUUGGCGCAUGUUGGUGGCCCUUUGUGAUGUAGUAAAAUGCACAAGGGUGCAAGUUUAAAGCUACAGAGUGAAAGUUGGUUUGGAUCCUCUUCAUUUCAUUUGUUUAGCUUUUCUGUUGUGUUUUUUUUUUCUCUACUUACAUGUAUUCCUGUGAAUAAAUCCUUGUUAAGUUAACGCUUUACUUUUCCUUCCAUGUGUAUUUUCUUAUGUACUGUGAAUGUGAAAUCCUAACUGGUACACUUGAUCUUGUGUCCAUCUGAAAGUGGCAAGUCUUUAUUAAUUUAGAUUGCCUAAAGAGUAUCCCAUGAUGAUAAAGGAAAAUGGAGAGAUUUUUAACUCUGCUGGUCAGAGGUGAAGCCACACCUUUCCAUUUUUCAAGUGCUGCAUUAUUAAUCUGCAAAACAUAAUUAAGCCAUAACAGCCUUUUUGUAGAUUUAGUUUCUCACCUUUGCAUUGCAGAAUGGAUACUGGAUAACAGUUUUUGGUUUAGUUGGUGUUUUCUGGUUUGUUUUCUUUUUUUUUCCUUUGAUUAUUUGGUUGGUUUUUUGUUUUGGUUAUUUUGGGGGAUCUUGAAGGAGGUUGUGGGUGUUUUUUUGUUUUCUUUUAUUUUGGGGGGAUUUUUUAUUUUUGGUUUGGUUUCGUUUUGGGUUUUUUAUUUGGGGCUUUUUUUAAGCACUUGCUCUUCUUUGCAUGGUUCUGUUCUUUGACUGUUGAAUGAUUUAGCCAUUGCACUGAAGUUUGAACUGUGUGAGUGUGAACUUAUAAAUGCUGUUUAAAGAGUUUAGACUUUUUUUUUUUUCAAUGCAUGAUCACAUGCAUGUUUUCUGUUCCCCUCCCCCUUUUUUGGCUUUGCAAAUUUUAGUGGAUUAUACCUGAAGCAUAGUUUGGACAUGUACUGUGUGAAAUACAUUUGAUAAUGCCAGUACAUAGUAUUUAUUCAAUUUGAUCAAAAUUGCAUGUGAUAACUUGCUUUCAAGUUACAUUACUACAAUAGCAAACCAAAAAUACCUUCUCAACUAAAAACUCUGAUAUAAAUUAGUAAAAUUCAAUUUCAAAACUUUAAUUUUGAACGGGAACAUCCCUGACCAAAAUUUAGCAAGAUGGGAUAUUAUUUUAGACCCAAACUUGCUUUAAUUUUAAAUGUGUUUGAACAUUAAGGAAGAGUUUCAGAGAAAUUACAUUAAAAAGUUUAUAGAAUAGAAAACCUACCCAAAUGAUAUAGUAGUGUAACUACGAAAAUCUGGGUUUAACUAAACUUCUUAAAUUUCAGAAAGCCUCUCUAACCAAAUAAAACCACUCCACCUCACCAUGGAAUAGCUUAGGAUGCCACUCUUGUACAUAUUUCUUUUAAUACAUAUUUUUUACAGAUGUCAACUGAUCUGGUAUGACAGCAAGGAAAAUAAUUUAAAAGGGCAGGAAUAACUAGGACAGGAAUAAACAAAAUAGUUUUUUGUAUCAGUAAGUUCUGUCAUGGUAUAUUUUAAAGCAAAUAAACCAUAUUCCUAAUGCAUAAUAUAGAUAGCGCAGAGAUUUGCAGAAGCUUUUUAGGGUGUAAUGUGAGGUAAGAGAAGUUCUGAAACAGCAUUAAUAUUUAAAACUGAAUUAUUGCAUCAUGGGAUAUAUAAAAAGCAUCUUAAUUCUUGUGGUGUAGUCUUGACAGUUCUUGAAUGUUGACUGAAUGUUUAUACUGGUAGACUUGUGAGUUCGUCUUUGUUACAUUCCAGUGUUUCUGCCUCUUGGCAUGCUAAAAGCACGGCUUACUUCAUUUGCUCCUUACACACUGAAUAAGUGCUGUUAGUGUGCUAAACUACAGAAAUAGCCGCUGCUACGUAAUGGUGUAGAUUUUCUACUUGAAUAAUUUUGUUGUAGGAACCUCAGGAGGUCAGUGUUUACUGUUUUUAUAUAUGCCUUUUUCCUGUUUUGAGUUUCCCUUUUUGAAGGAUUCUGAGAGUGAAAAAAAGCUGCUGAUCAACCUAAGUUGGUAACAGAAAGUAUAUUUAAAAUCCUUAUAAAUGCAUCUUUUUGGCAGUUCAAAAUUGCUGUUAAAUUAGUCUUAAGUGAAGUUCAAUAUUGAAUUUUUUCAUAACACAGUCAGGAAACCGCUCUUUUCAUUUUGGAAAACAGAUUAGACUAGUUCAGUAUUUUAACCAGUGCAAGCAAAAGUAAUCAGUUUUGUAUUUUUGUUUUCCAAAGCUUGAUUAUUUUCUAAAUCAGUGAAUAUGUAUAUAUUUAAAUUGUAAGAAGCUAAUUCUUAUGCUUUAGUUCAUUGCUCCUUGAAACUUGUACUCAGAAGAUCACUUUUAGAAGAGUAGGUUAAAAUUUGUAAUCAUUAUAAUUUUUAAAUGUUAUGAAGUAGCAUAAAUUUUGUAACUAAUAAUAUUGAUACACACUGUGAUUUUUUUUUAGGACUUUUAUGUUAGCAUCAGUCUUAAUUACUUAAACUGCAUAUAUUGUAUAAUAGUAUAAUGUAUAUUUUAAAACUUCAAGUGGCUUUCCUCAAGCAAAACUCAUUGCUACUUAGAAAUAUUCAAAUACUAGCUUUAUCUCAGGUGAAUACUCUUGUACCCUUUUUGUUCAGAACACAUGCUAAUAAAAAUGUGUUGUAAUUUUAUCAGUUUACCUAUUUCAUUUAGGCAGCUCCUCUUGUCUUAAACUUACCCUAAAUUACCCUUCUACUGUGGGACAAUAAUGACUUUUGCUUCAUCUAUAUUAUUCAUAUUGAAUGUAUUAACAGAUAAGGUGCAAAAACGUUCUUCCCUUAAGGAGAAUGCAUCCAUAUUCAAACAACUGAAAUAUUUCUUUUAAAAUGCUUUAAAUGCAUCAUUAAAUUGGAAAGCUUUCGUUUUAGAUUUUUUUCAAGGAAAGAAGUUGUAACUUAACACUAACUGCUUCCAUACUCUCAUGAGGAUGACAGAUGCAUAAAGCUUUUAUAUAGGGUCUGAAGUGUGACUUUUUAUCUUAGAUAAAGGUUAAGCUCUACAGUGAAAUGGCAAAACAUCCUGUAGUUAAUCUCAGAUAGAUGCUGAUGUAGUUUGCACAUGUGUUUGUUAUAAUCUAACCUCACCUUAAAUAAAUAAAGCUUGUUCAGUAGCUAUGUAUUUCACUCACCUAUGCAUUCUCCAGGAUGAUUUGUAUCCAUCAGUCUUCUAUGUAUUCUCCAAUAGAAACUUGCAUUUUGUCUGCCACUGUUGCUUGCUCUUUGCACUUAACGGUUGGAGCAAGCCAGUUUUAAAUGGGGAACUGAGGCAAGUACUCUUCUUGCUUGCCUUGUAUAUUCUGCUAAAAUAGUGAUGCUCACUUGCUUGAAUGUACGUAAAUGAGGGAAGUUUGAAAUGGCUUUAUAGGAUGAAUCCGUGUGUGGUGUUACAGUAUGCUUUAAGUAAGCCAAAUCCACAUCUCAAAGAAUUCAGCACUUACAAUAUCAUUUUUCUAUAAACUUGUUCUGUUGUGCUACUUUUACUUUAGGUAUCUAUUUCCUUAUUUCAGGUGAGCAACAAAAUUAAGAAGACUUGAGUGUUUUUUGUGAGGACAGCAAUGAGAAUAAAAAGAUUGAUAUAAGGAGUUUUAUUUGGCUGUUGACAUCUGCCAUGUAAUAACUUUUUUGUGGAAAGAGAUAGAUAGUUAUGUUGUACAUUGUCUGACCUGGUGAUAACUGAUACUUCUAAAAUUUUUAAUUGGAUGAAGUACACAAAAUAGUUUUAAAUGAAAGGUGACCAGAUCUUUCUGCUGACAACUUAGGUUGUAUAAGUUUUGCUUGAAAGCUUUAAAUCUUUUGUUUCUGUAUCUGCCACAAUGUUGGAAUGUUUCCUUCAAACAUAUCCUCCUGCAACCUCUCAAACUGUACUAAAUUGAGUGAUAUUUCUUGAAGUCUGCCUAUGUGCUAACAGAACUUCAUUUUAAAUAGAAUAUGGUUUUAAUUUUUGAUAAGCUGCUGAAUUUUAAAGGAGUUUUUGGGGCCACCAAAUAUUUUGGAUCAUGCAGAGAAUAUAUAUUGUACUGUAGUAAUUUUGUAUUUACAUUUGUAUGAUGUGACAUAAUAGAUGUGAAUGUUAAUCACUGCUUGACUAUGUUAAUAAAGUUGUUGAAAUAUA